CGGUAGAGAAUCAAGUGACGGGUGAACUACCGAUGGCUUUCACCCGCAGUUUUAUUUAAGGGUCGCUGUGAAGUUGAAGGUUUUGAUCCAAAUAGCAAAUAGUGACGGUAAUUGAUGAGGCUGGAGUUCUCAAGAUUUUUACCCUUUUAACAGUUUUGUAUUCCGAAUGCCAGAGCCUGCGGUAUAUUGGCUAACGUCAGAGUAUUUUGAUUAAGUGGUUUGAGAGAAUUAAUCGAAACAAACCGGAGCUCCGGCUGCGGUGUGUACCUUUUGAGAAAUGACGUCGGCAUUGUAUUUGGAGCAUUAUUUAGACAGUUUAGACAAUUUACCAAUUGAACUCCAAAGAAAUUUCACGCUGAUGCGUGAUUUGGAUUCUAGAGCGCAAGGGUUGAUGACAGACAUUGACAAACUAGCCGAUGAAUAUCUGAAAAAUGUCAAAACCUUAUCAACAGACAAAAAAAAGGAUCAAUUGAACCAUAUCCAAAGUCUUUUUAACAAAGCAAAAGAGUAUGGGGAUGAUAAGGUCCAACUGGCGAUACAAACCUAUGAACUCGUAGAUAAACAUAUCAGAAGGCUAGAUUCUGACUUAGCAAGGUUUGAAGCAGAAAUUCAAGAUAAGGCACUCAAUACAAAUCGAGUACAGGAGGAGAGUACAGUUAGUAAAAAAGGAAGGAAAAAGCUUAAGGAGAAGGAAAAACGGAAGAAGGGGAGCGCUGGUGCCAGCAGUGAAGAUGAAUCUAAGGUUGCCAGAAAGAAGCAGAAGAAAGGUGGAUCAGUUACUUCAACAACUGCAUCGGGUGCAGUUGGUAGCGGAGCUCAGGCAGAUGCUAGUACGUUGGGGCAUCCAGCUGAUGUUCUCGACAUGCCUGUUGAUCCAAAUGAGCCAACAUACUGUCUAUGCCAUCAAGUAUCUUACGGUGAAAUGAUUGGCUGUGAUAAUCCAGAUUGUCCAAUUGAAUGGUUCCAUUUUGCCUGUGUUGGUCUGACAACAAAACCUAAGGGAAAAUGGUAUUGUCCCAAGUGCACACAAGAUCGCAAGAAGAAAUGAGAACUUAUGGAUCAAACGGAGCAUCAAGCUCUUGAUCUGUCUCUUGAGGAGCUGACAAAAUCCAGUUAGGGACAAAAUAAACUGAAGAUCCUUUCUAGAGCUGUAUUAAAUGAUCGACAGAUCGUUAUAUCGUAGCUGGAAUCGUCUUUGUUCAUGGAACCAGAUUUCAAUUCCGAUAUAAAUAACCUUGGUAGCUUGUCACAGCAGUAAGACUUGAGAAAUGGCCACUUAUUUUAGUAUUUUUAGACGUUUUUAAUUAUUUUAUUAUCGUAGUAAUUUAUUCAUUUUAUUCUUUAUUUUAAAAAAAUUUUACAUUUUUUUAUGCAUUAAUUAUCGCCCUGGCCAGUUUUUGAAUCACUGUGACUUGCUACUCGAAAAAAGUUGUAAAUUGAUUGACCCUAUUGAAUAGUACGUAGCUACUAGACUGUUACCCAUUAUUAUCAAAUGUCAUAGUUCAUUAUUGUUUUGAUAUUUUAUGAAUGUAUAUUUGUGUGGGGUAACGUGUCACUUUCUCCAACUGAUGCAAUCAAUAUAAUAAAAACGAUAUUAUAUAGUUAAGAAUAAAUGUAUUAUGAAUUUA